GAUGAAAUGAGCGACAAGCAGCGUCAAGGCGCCUGGUGGCGAUUUAGAAAGAAUAAAAGACACGCCUCGCCAACGACAACGACAUCGUCGCCAACCCCUGUCUCUCCACCUAACCCGGGCGCUCGCCUAUCGCCGUCGACAAUAUCCGUUACCGAACCGACUACGACAGUCAGCAUUGUACCAUAUGAAGAAUUAACCAGCAAUGCUAUUGAUGUAUAUGGUAGCCGGGGGCCACCCCCAGUAGGUCUUGCCACAAGCAAAGCACCACCGGUGGGGUUACUCUGGCAGCGUGCUUACGAGCAAUUGCGAGUGGAAAAGACAACAUUAGUAUCAGAGUAUGAGAAGCUUCUUUCAAGAGAAUUACCAGACUCUGAAGCUCUAGCUACCGCAGGUGGCACGACAUCAUCAGAGACAAUUCCGGACCAGCCCCGCCAACAACAAUUGAAGCAAAUCAUAGACCGUGGCCUGGAGCGCAUGCAAGCCAAUACAUGGCACUUUACCAUCGCGGGCGAAGAAUAUACCAUCAAACAGCAAGUCGCUGUCGCUAGCCAAUAUGCCUUGAAGGCAAAGGCCUUCAUUGCCGAUGCUGUGAGCGCGUGUCCACCAGCAUCCAUGGCUUGGGCGGGAAUAUGCAUCAUUUUGCCGCUGUUUACCAACAUGGGUACGGUCGAAGAAGCUAAUAGCACUGGGUUGACCUAUGUCAUCGCUCGUAUGCGCUUCUACAUUGGCCUAGAGGAGCUUCGGUGGCCAAAGCAUACACCUCUGCAAGACGACUUCCGUCUGGGAUUGGAAGAAACGCUCGUCAAUCUGUACCAAUCAAUCAUCACCUUCCAAGUCAGCACCGCGUUACGACUUUAUAGUAAUAAAGUGAAACUAAUACUGGGUGAUAUGGUCGAAUGGCAUAACUGGAAAGAGAUGAUUGAGACGGUGAAGAAGAAUGAGAACUUCGUUAGAGAACAAUUCCACGACCUCAAUGAUGCAGUCAUACGAGACGGUCUUGAAACACUCUCCCAGGCGGCAAGAUUAAACAACCAAAUGAUUCAGGAUCAAGUCAGCAUCAUGUCAAGACACUUGGAAAUAGCUGAAGAGCAUUUGAAUGAGAGCAUUACAACAAAUCUUCUCCUUGGAAACAUCUCGGACAAAAUGGAUACAAUGGCGAAUACUAACCGUGUCGCCAAAGAAAGAUCAUCAACGAUUGAGUUGAUACAUUACCUUCCAUUACCACAAAAUGAAGACUUUGUUGGCCGACAAAACGAGAUGAACAAGCUCCGCGAGAUGCUCAUCGAGAGUAACGGGUAUAACAUUACUGCGCUUUUCGGCCUGGGUGGUAUAGGGAAGACUCAACUCGCGCUUCAGUUUGCUCAUGAGAUACAGAAAAGCGAUGAGGCUUUUGCAGUUCUAUGGAUGUCUGCUCUUAGUGUGGGGGCAUAUACGAAGAGUUGUCAUGAAGUCAUAAAGGCAUUUCAGAUAACAAAUGACAAUGGCGAAGAUGCAAAGGAUGUUCUAAAACGACAUAUAAUAUCGAACAAAGAUCAAGAAUGGCUAGUUAUAUUGGAUAAUGUCGACGAUUCAGACGUCUUGUACGGCACCGAAGAUCAAACCAACUGCAUAUUUGAGUUCUUGCCCCGGACUAAUAAUGUGAGAAUUCUCGCUACGACACGAUUUCGAAAGAUGGCAACAGGAUUAGCCAAGCGGAAUAUCGUUGAAGUCCCUCAGAUGUCCCUAGCCGAAGCCGAAGCGCUUUUAAAGCAGUCAUUUCUCGAUCCGAGGCAACUAGAAGACGACAAAGCACGCGAAGAGCUGAUAGCUAAUCUUACGUACCUCCCAUUAGCUCUCUGGCAGGCUAUCAGCUAUAUGAACGAGAACGACAUUACUAUCCGUGAAUAUUUGCAAAUGCUCAAAAAAGCAGAUAAUAACACAAUAGAGCUACUGAAAAAGGGAUUUCGCGAUGGAGAUCACCACGACUCCCAAAGUGCGGUUGCAACAACUUGGAUCAUAUCUUUUACCCAAAUCCAACUCAACGAGCCUCCUGCAGCCAAUCUUCUGCUUUUCCUUGCUUGGAUAGAGUCAAAGAGUAUCCCAAUCUCUAUUCUACCCAACGUAGGGUCGGACCAAGCUAUGACUAGUGCGCUCGGCACACUAUGUGGGUAUGGAUUUCUACGCAAGCAAGAGAAUGGUGACUUAGUUGAUAUGCAUCGGCUGGUCCAGCUGGCGACCCAAUUAUGGAUCGAAGAACACAUGAGCAAGCAGAUGACUAUUGAAACUGCAGCAUUGCACUUGAAUCUUCUUUUAAACUACCCUUACGAGGAUAAAAUAUUUGUAUGGCGACAAUACCUACCACACGCAAAAAAAGUCGUAUACCACGCCUCGGAAGAGACAUUACCUAUUGCUGACUUGGCACAUAAGCUUGCCUCUUGCCUACAAAUUGACGGCUAUGACCAAGAUGCACUGGAUCUUUUGAUACGCGCUACAAGGAUAUACGAUCAAAUACUUGUCGAAGAUGACCUCGAUCGACUUGCUUGUCAACAUGCUCUAGCAGUAGUGUACUAUGCAACCGGGCAAUAUGGGGACGCUAUUCAGUUACUCGAGCAUCUUGUAAAAGUUCACGACAAAAUAUUUGUCAAAAAUGACCCAGCCCAAAUUUCAUCCAAGUCCAUGCUGGCGAAGGCAUACAUAGGAAAUGGUCAAUCUGGAGAUGCUAUUAGAUUAUUACAGCAUCUGAUUGCGACACAAGAAAAAACAUCCACAGAAGACAAUCCACAAUUGCUUUUGUGUCAGGCCUCCCUAGCAAUAGCAUAUCGAUGGAAUGGCCAAGUUGAAGAUGCUAUUGAACUACUCGAGCACGUUGUGGCAAUCCAAAACAAAACACUUGCCGAAGACGACCAUAGUCGACUUUCAUCUCUGUCUGAAUUGGCAAACUUGUAUGAAGACAAUGAGCGGGUUGGAGAUGCAAUUCAAUUACGAGAGUAUAUCGUUACAAUUCAAAGCCGGACAUACGCAGAGGAUCAUCCAUAUCUUCUUAGCUCGCAAUCUUUGCUUGCAAGCGCAUAUGCAGAAGAUGGACAACUUGAAAAAGCUAUCCAAAUACUAGAGGAUGUCGUGGAAAUCCAAAGUAAAAUACUUACUGAAGGCAAUACAUCUCGACUUGCCUAUCAAUCUGAGUUGAUAAUGGUAUACGAGGCAAACGGACAAUUUGCAGACGCUAUCCAAUUGAUACGGCAAGUUAUCACAGCUCAAAAAGAAACAUUAGCCGAAGAUGAUCCAUUUCGACUGGACUCUAUAGCUAAAUUAUCCGAACUUGAGAAGCGCGCAGCGUCACCUUCCAAUAGUUAAUAUUGAGAUCAAGCAGCCCGGCAAACCCGGAAGACCCGAUAGUAUAAUACUCUAGCAACAAGAGCACAACAUUGUAUCUUUCAUUCUUUUUAACAUUAGCUAUUUUCUGUUUUGGUUAUAUAAAAAUAAUAAUAUGUUAAACCCUGAUUGAACCUUGUGCGUACUUCCCUUGAUAUCCAGUUUCGGUAGGUCGUACUGCAUCUCGCAUAUGUGUUCGCAUGCCCUUGACCCAAACAACC